AUGUGGAAAAUACGUCACCUGCGUCAAGGGGAGGAGCUCUACAAACACAGCGACUGGGCAGAGAGAACUGUGCCCAAGGGAAACGUGGGUCUACCGAAGGGAGACUGUGCCGCGGAAAACACAUCACCGACACCUGUGGAGCACGUACCCCAGAGAAAGAGUGGUCUGUUCACCAGCUCCCGUGUUCCAGCAGUCAUCUCCAUCCAGCAGUCAUCUCCAUGGGGUAGCCCAUCUCAGGGGCGCUUAGGAGCCCUCUUGGGGGUCUUAGCGGCGGGUCCUGUGGGGGGCUCUACGCUAGGGACGAGAGCUUGGCUCAGGAUGGGAUGGAGCCGCUUGGACCUGUGUCACCGCAGGGGGACGUCUUCGGCAAACAGAUGGGUGUGCCAUCAGUGGACCCAUGCCAUCCAGAUUAUGUUCCAUCAAUUUUCAGCUCAUAAAAACACCAUUGAUGGUUCACAGAAGUUGGAGCGAUACCAGAGGAGACAGAGGAGACCAUCUGUGGUUGAGUCUAUGGAUUCACCUUCCUUAGAGGUCACCCAUGCUGACCCUGAAGAAGGAUACACUGCUGUGGAUAAUCAAGAGAUCAACCCUUAAGUAGACAAAUGGGAGGAAGAAGGGCAAUUUCCUGCCCAUAAGCUCUUCAAGAUCCUGGGUAAUGGCGGAUUUUUGGGAGUCAACAAGCCCGUCAGGUUUGGUGGUUUGGGGCUAGACUUCAGCUACAGUGUUGCUUAAGAACUGGGAAACAUCAACUGUGGAGGAAUUCCCAUGGCCAUUGGAGUUCAAAGUGACAUAGCUACACCUGCACUCGCAAGGUUUGGCUCUGCAGAACUCAAAAGAGAGUUUCUGCUGCCCACCAUAAUGGGAGACAAAGUGGCCUGCCUCGGGGUGAGUGAAGCAGAGGCUGGCUCUGAUGUUGCAACUAUCCAGGCUAAAGCUGUGUGCAAAGAAGAUGAAUAUGUAAUUGAUGGGGGAAAGAUGUGGACCACUAAUGGCACCCAAGCAGACUGGAUGUGCCUCCUGGAACACAAGAACAAAUCCCUAAUCUGUUUACCCAUGAAUCUACCUGGAGUUCAUAUUGCAUGCAAGAUAGAUAAAAUGGGGAUGCAUUCCUCAGAUGUAGCAGAGGUGUUUUUCGAUGAUGUGCGGAUGGCUUUUAAAAAUGUCAUAGGGCAGGAGGGAAUGGGCUUCAUGUACCAGAUGAUCCACUCUGGGGGGGUGGCCAAUAUCCUAACAAUGAUGGAGAAAGUUGUCCAAGAGUCCAUUAAUUACACCAGGCAGAGGAAGAUCUUCAAUCAGGCAAUUCUGUACCACCAGUCAGUUGACUUCAGGCUAGCCGAGCUAGAGACAGAGAUUGAGCUGUUGCGCUCCCUUUUGCAUCGCGCCACAGCUCUGUACAUUAAAGUAAAUGAUGUAACAAAGUUGGCAUCGAUGGCCAAGCUGAAGGCAGGAAGACUGGCUUGUGAGCUCGGCGACAGCUGCCUGCAGUACUGGGGUGGCAUGGGCUUUACCAGUGAUGUCGAAGUCAGCAGGUUCUACGGGUCAGAUUCUCUCGUUCACUAA